GUAACCACUGAAAGCUGCAAAGUAAACAGGAAGCGUUUGUCCGAACCAAAAUACAAUAAUGUGAAAGUGUGGGAUCUUCCUGGCAUUGGAACACCAAACUUCAAAGCCGAUGAGUAUCUUAAACUGGUUGAGUUUGAACGCUAUGAUUUUUUCAUCAUCAUCGCUUCAGAUCGGUUCAGAGAAUGCCACACUCAGCUGGCCAAAGAGAUCACGAGAAUGGGGAAAACGUUUUAUUUUGUUUGUUCCAAGAUUGACUCAGUCAUUGAUGCUGAGAAGAGGAAGAAGAGCUUUGACCAGAAAAGGACACUGGAUACCAUCCGAGAGGACUGUGAGAAUGGUCUGAGAAAGAUUGGUGUAGAGGAUCCUGUUGUGUUCCCGAUCUCUGGUUGGGAGCUCGGCAAGCAUGAUUUAAAUCUGCUGCAGGAGAGGAUGGAGAAAGAGCUUCCACAGCAUAAGAGACGUGUGCUGAUGCUGGCUUUGCCGAAUAUCACACUGGAGAUUAAUGAGAAAAAGAAGAAAGUUCUACAGGAAAACAUUGUAAGAGUUGCCUUCCUGUCUGCUUUGGUGGCUGCUGUUCCUGUUCCUGGUCUUUCAAUCGCUGUAGAUGCAGCUCUCAUCGCAGAAGAGCUGAGAAAGUACUACGGUGCAUUUGGCCUGGAUGAUCCAUCCCUACAGAAGCUCUGUAGAACAUCUGGGAAGAGCAUAGAGGAACUGAAGAGUUUGAUGAAGUCUCCUUUUCAUCGAGGGUUAAGCACAAGCUCAAUAUUAACCUUGCUGGGUGCUACAGCUCUUCUUAUAUCAGAAGAUGUUGUUGAGAUGUUUGUGAGCUUCAUACCCAUGAUUGGCUCUGUGGUGGCAGGAGGAAUGUCUUAUCUGACCGUCUCAAGAAUGCUUAAGAAAGCUCUGAAUGACAUAGCUGAUGAUGCUAGGAACGUGCUGACGGCGUCACUGGAGACUGAAGUGUAAAUGUAAAAUUGAC